CCGUACCGCCGUGGGCCCGCGCGGUGUGCCCGUCGUCCGCAGGUGGCGUCGCUUGGCGUGCUCGGCGUGCUCCGCGUUGUCAGUGGGCCCGUCGAGGCCAUGUGGUGGUGCGCGUAUGGCGUCGUGACGCUCGGGACGUUGAGGUGAUCAUGCCGUCAUGAACAUCAACAACAAUAACAACGAGUUGAACAAGGGCGCCACCAAGGCAGCCAUGGCCAUGGCGGCGAGCGACGUCUCCGACGCCGUGCUCCCGGACGGCGUUCCCGACGAGGAGAUCGAGUACCCGUCCCUGGAGUACGAGGAGGACGCGUACUACACGCACCAGCCGCACGCCACGCCGAGCUUCGACGUGGUGGAAGACGAGGACGACCUCGGGGACCCCGAAGUGGGCAUCCCGUCGUCGGCGGCCGCGGGCUCCAACCUGGCCGCGCGCCUGCUCGGCGACGAGGAGCUUGACGACGCGGACGUCGACCAAUGCCUGGCGCUGGCCGCCAUGCACGGGCUCGACCUGGACGACCUGGACGUGAUGGUGGACGUGGACGCCGACGUGGGCGCCUACUCGGUCGAGACGGAGUUCGUCAAGCCCUCCAAGGGGAUCCUGGGCCUGCUGAGCAGGAAGGGACGGCGCCCCCUUGUCAGGGUCACCUUCCAGGACCUGACCAAGCCCUACUUCUCCAAGAUGAGCUCGACCAACAACUACCGCCGCUUCCUGCAGCUGGUGCGAGAAGAGCCGUCGACAGACAUGUCGCCAGAUUCUGGUGUUUCCGAGCUGCAGGGACUUACGCCUGAAGAAGUAGAGAAGCAGAAGGAAGAAUGGCGCAAGGAACUAGCCGAUGUUGAAAACGAAAUCCAAACUAUGAGAUUUGUGUUAGCUUCCAAAGUGAAGCAAUCACAAGAACUCAAACGCAAAUUGGGCUUCUCCGUCUGGCGAGAGUUGACUGAUGAUGUCUCUCAAGGCUUGCGAAAUGUGAAGGAGUCCAACGUGUAUCAGACUGUAGAGGAGAAAAUUGGCCAGAUUGGUAAAGCAGUUGCAGAUCAGCCAAUGUACCAAAAGACUGAAUCUGUAGUUAAGGCUACAGCGGAAAAGACAACUUCAAUUCUUGGAGGUCUUGGAUCAGGCAUCACCAUGAAGCUAGGACAACUCAAGAAUUCUGAAUCUUUCCGUUCCUUAGAAGAAAAGAUGGGUUCUGCGUAUGAGAAUGUGAAGACAAAGGUCUCAACAUCUCGCUCAAGUUCCAUGCAGAGCUUUGACGAAGCCCUCCGAGAAACAGAGUACAAGAAAGGCAGCACAGCAACCACUCCUACCAUUCCUGAAGACCGACCUUUAUCAUAAAUGCAAUCCAACACUUGCUUUUUAAAGAAACCUUUGUUCUACUUGAAGAACACUUCACACCUGUCACUCAAGUAACAGUUCAUGGUUUUACCCUGUCACCUUCAUACCCUCCUCCAUUUCUCAUUGCUUUAAACAAUAUCUGUGACCUGUUGAGACUACCCUACUUACUCCUGUCGUUUACAUCCUAAUUUAAUUAAGUGGUGUGGUGUUACGUAAGAGUAUUUUAUGGAGAAGUGAGGAUAUUUUGUUAAGGAGUAGGUACUGGUCUGAGGUCAAAUACUUUACAGUUUAUGUGAAUUGCAACAAAUGAUACUAUUUUUAACGUACUCCUCCUUCCAUAGAUAUAUAUAUAGUAUUUAUAGUAUAUAUAUAUAUAUAUGUAUGUGUGUGUGUUGUGCUAUUUUCUACGUUCUUGCCUCAGAAUCCCUGUAUUCCUUGUCUCUAUAAGGGUUGAGGCUAUAUGGGUUGGCUUAUUGUGGAUGUGGAAUCUGUGCACUGAUAUCCAAGUAAAGUAUGUAAUUGAAGUACAUUCAUAGUACUUAUUGAUUGUUUUGUACAGAAUAUUUUGCUCUUGUUUCACAAUUGUGUGAUUGGCUGUAUAAAAAUUCUUCUAAGCAAAUGAUAUUUUGUCACUUUCUAUGAGAAACGUCUGCAUGUAGAGAGGAUUAAGUAUUUAGUUUUUCAGCUUUUGUGGUUUUUAUUUGAGUAGUGAUACCUGUUGUAAUGUGAUGUGAAAUUGUGUUAAUUAUUUUUUAAAUUAUUUCCAAGAAAUGAUUAUGCUGAGGUUUGGCUUUUUUAUUUUCAUCUUGAUGCAAAGAUCUUUGAGCAGAUCUGCCUAAUUUUGUAACAAAUCACUAUUUACAUGUGGCACAAAUGCCAUUCUUGCUCAUUUAAAGCCCGGUUUAUUUGUACAUGUGUGCUUCUUGAGUACUUGUUUUGUAACAGUUUACUUUGCCAUGUUUGAUCAACUUUGUGCAUUGUACACUGGUUUUGUUUUUCCAGGUAAUUAAUUUUUUGUGGCAUUGUAUGACACAAAAUUUUCUUUGUCUGUGUCAUUAAAUCUGUAGUAAAAUUCCAAGGCA